GGCCACGCCUCCUGGGUACGAGGUGUAAUUCCAACGAUGAAUAAGAAAGGAUUUAUGAUUUGACGCUCUAUAUUUGUGUGCAUGCUCAAGAGAUGGCUGAACCAGAUGAGAGCGAUCUUUACUGCUUGUGUCGACGGCCUUACAAUGAAGAGGAGUUCAUGAUAGAGUGUGACAUCUGUCAUGACUGGUUUCAUGGAAGCUGUGUGGGUAUCGAGGAGCACCAGGGCCCUGACAUUGACAGCUACCACUGCCCCAACUGUCAGCCGGAGCAUGGACCACUCACCUUAAAGAGGAGACGGAACUGGCACCGACAUGACUACUCUGAGAUCAAUGAUGGGAAUAAGGCUAUACAGUCUGGUACAGUGACGUUUGUCAAUAUACUGAGGAAGAAAAAAUUUACGAAUGAGAACGAGAUUCUUUGUCUGUUGAAGGGGGCAGAGGUAACUCCAUCAUACUUUGACACGAAUGGGUUCACUCGUCCCAUUAUAGUAGAGGAGAAGGAUGGGCUGAGACUUAAAGUGCCGCCUCCCACCUUCAAAAUCUCUGACGUGGAGAGGAUGGUCGGAUCAAUGAGAGAGUUAGAUGUUAUUGAUGUGGCUCGGCAGGAUGACAUCAAGAUGACGAUGAGAGAGUGGACUGAGUACUAUGAGGUGGUCAAACCUCGCAAGAAGAUUCUGAAUGUCAUCAGCCUGGAGUUCUCACGCUCUGAACUAUCUAAGAUGGUGUCCCCCCCUCUGACUGUGCGGAAGAUUGACUGGAUCAACUGUCACUGGCCUGAGGACCUCCCUGAGGACUCACCCCUCUCUCGACCCUCAGUGCAGAAGUACUGUCUCAUGAGCGUCAAGGAUAGCUACACUGACUUUCAUGUUGAUUUCGGAGGCACAUCUGUCUGGUACCAUGUCCUUUGGGGUGAGAAAGUGUUCUACUUGAUACCUCCUACUGAGGAGAAUCUGACGCACUACGAGCAGUGGGUACUAUCAUCCAGUCAAAGCGAGGUGUUCUUUGGCGAUCUGGUCGCAAAAUGUUACUGCUGCAGAGUCAGACAGGGAAACACUCUCUUCAUACCUAGUGGCUGGAUCCAUGCUGUCUUGACUCCAGAGGACUCUCUUGUGUUUGGAGGAAACUUUGUUCACAGUUAUGCCAUACCCAUGCAACUGAGGAUAUAUGAAACAGAAUUUCGACUGGACACGCCCCUAAAGUUUAGACACCCCUGCUAUGAGGCCCUCACCUGGUUCGCUGCCAAGAACAUCCUCAGUGAACUGAAGGGUCACCUGAGCAAAGGGACAGCCCCUCCUGCCUAUCUGCUGGACGGCCUCAAACAAAUACGCUAUUCACUCUACUCUUGGAUUAGAACCAAAGAGAAACUGAAGGUCCACAGUGCCCAGAUCCCGCCCAGCAUACGCCCCAAUGCCCUCGUAGACAGGAUCUCAGAGACGGUCACUGCUCUAGAGGAAUAUAGAGAUCAUCAUGCCCAAGAUGAGAAGCACCCUAAGCACUCUCCUAUUAAGAUGAAAGUCACUACUGGAGGCAGUGAAAUCAUACGUCAAGAGCAAGCCAGUAUGAAGCAGAUAUCAAUGAAACUAAAAGUGCCUCAAACCAAGAUGGUGCAUCAGAAUCGUGGCCAUGGUAGUAACGACAGCUAUAGCUCCAGUGAUGAUGAGAAAAAAGAAAUAUGUCACCCAGUCAGUGAUGUCAGCAGGGGGCGGUCUGGUAGGUUGAGGAGGGGACAUGGCAUCCAGUGGGAGGUGGACGGUAGUGGGGGGGACUUUGAGGACGAUGAUUAUGUGUACCCCAAUCCAUUGGAAGAGGAGGAUGAACAAGACAGCACCAUUCUAACUGAUGAUGGAAUAAAAGUGGGACGGCCCAAGAAAAGACAAGACGAUGAUCUCUGGAAACCUCAAGGCCUAGUGAAGCCAAUAAAGAGUUCUGUAGCUAGUGGUUCCUCCAGGGACAAGAGAAAUGCCAUCAAGCGCUCAUUUGAACACACCCUUUCACCCGCUGCCUCCAAGAUCCUCAAAAUGGAAGUCAAAAUGGAUAAGCAAAAACCUAGCUCUCCAAAUCAGGACGUUCACUCCAGUCUCCAUUCUGUGUCUGGAGGAGGAUCACUGAGUGACAGCAAAGGACAGCUGGCAGAAGGCCGAGCAAGAGCUGCCGCUGCUGCUGAUGCUGUGAAUGCAGUAGUGGCUGCUUCACGUACCAAACCCAAGCUCCUCACAGCCAAGCAAAGACUGGGUAAAAUAAUGGGAAUAAAGGGAGGUGGCGCACGGUGGAAAGCAUAAACUCUUCAGUUUAGCAUUAUUAUAAUUGUCUGGUUACUGCAGAAGUAUUUUUAUGUCAGUUGAGAAACUUCUCUUCAUUCUCAUCAUUGGACUAAGCCCUCA